GCUUUACCAAAUUCGCGUGGGUCUCCGCGUGUCACCCAAGGUGCCGGUUCACAUCGAGGCGUCAGUGUCCAGCAGUAAUGGGGCAGCGAGAACCGGCCGGCCCGCCGCCAAUGCCUCGCUCAUCGGUGGCCUUGCGGCUUCCAGGGCCUUCCAGAUAAUGUACAGGAACGAGGAGGUCACGCUAAGAGACAUCGUACAUUUUAGAGCUCAUUUGCUAGUUGACAGUCGAAACUUGAAAGAAUCGUUAGAGCGAGCAGAAUGGAGUCUUGGGGUGGAGUUGUGGUGCAGCGAGGGCGCGCAGUCGAGCACCCUGGCACCUGUCUCCUGCCGAGUGCUGAAGCUGCACUUCCAACCAUCCCAGGGUCUGCAUUACCACCUGCCCGUGCUCUUCGAUUACUUCCACCUGUCGGCUGUCUCCAUAACAAUACAUGCCAGUCUAGUUGCUUUGCAUCAACCGUACAUCAAGUAA